AUGAAUAGACUUCAACAUUUGUAUAAAAGAAAGAAUUUAAAUCAAAUAAAAAGCCACAAUUUUGAGAAAGGUCAAUACAAUCAUACACAAACCCUUACACAUCAAUAUCAAGAAUAUCAUCAACUUCAACAACUUUACAAAAGGUACCAACAACUUCAAAACCAAAAUCAGCAACACCAAAUUCAAAUUCAACAACAACAACAACAAAACCAACUUCUUCAAAAUUCUCUCUCUCCUUUUCAACAACAACAACAACAACAACAACAACAACAACAACAACAACAACAACAACAACAACAACAACAACAACAACAACAACAACAACAACAACAACAACAACAACACCAAAAUCAAAAUCACUAUCAAAAUGAACCAUAUAAUGUUCCACCAUCAGGUAGAACGUCAACACCUCCUCAACAGCAAACCUCCAAAACAUUAAACUAUCAAAAUCUAAUAGUAAUAAAGUAA